AUGGAAAACACAUCAUGGGCAAAUACAACCGAAAAAAUUGAGAUUAGGUCACCAACGAACGUCCUUUGUAGGCUAGAAGGCAUUGUAUGGAGCAGUGUGUUUUCCUUACUUUCAUUCUUCAUCGUUGUCGGAAAUCUUCUCACAAUUGUUCUUUUCGCAGCUAACAAGAGAGUUCGGAAAAAAAAGUUUUUUCUUGUAAUUAACAUGGCCUUUGCUGAUCUACUGUUCGGAGCUUUUGUUCUUCCUGCGUACAGUUACAAUAUCUUCAGCACUUUUUAUCAGCUUUCGACGGCAAAUGUGAAUUGGAUGAUCACUCCAGUCAAAAUCUCUUACACCAUUUCAUCAGGGGUUUCACUGAUAUCUGCAGCUCUCAUAUCAUGUGAGAGGUUUUACGCUAUAUAUCGGCCAUUCAGACACCGAAGAGUAACAGUUCGAACAUAUCAAAUUUUCAUUUUUAUUUCGUGGACGCCAGCAGUUGCACUAACUGCUGUUAGCCACGUUUAUUUAAAAUCAAACAACGCUUUUAGCAGGUAUGUUAUUUCAUCAUACAUUUUUGCUGUAACAUGCAUCAUCUGUGGAUGCAACAUGGCCAUUUGGAGAAAAGUUCAACACGGAAACGUCAUUUCACAACAGAAAAACAGAGACGUGCAAAAUCUGCGUUUGACAAAAACUUUAAUGUUUGCUUCCAUACUUAACUUGCUUUGCUGGAUCCCUUUGGCUAUUGUGGGUAGUAUCAACCAUGAGAGUGUUUCAACACCGACGAGAUGGCUCUUUAUCACAGUUACUCUCAAUAGUUGCAACGCAUUUAUAAACCCUUUACUGUAUGCAGUGAGAGUUCCGGAGUUUCGAAAAGCGUUGGCGCUGAGCUGUGUCAGAAAGCGCGCAAAAAUGAACCCAGAAAACAUUAAAACCAGAGGAAAUCACGCAGCCGUUUUGUCACAAGAGACAUACCUUAAGGCUUAUGAGAGCGAGUCCAAUACCCAUGCACUUAAAUUUCAUAAAAACUUCGUGGAAACCAAGCUGUAG